AUGACAGAAGUUAUUGAUGUCGUUACUACUAUUAAAUCAUCGAAGAGUGGCUGGGAAGAUUUUGUAGCUGGGAGCUUUGCUGGUAUGGCACAAGUUGCUGUUGGACAACCUCUGGAUACUAUAAAAGUACGACUACAAAUAGAAGCUACUAAAUUUAAAGGUCCUAUGGAUUGCUUUUUACAAACUGUUAAAAAAGAAGGACCUUUCGCUCUUUACAAAGGAAUGGCUAGUCCGUUAAUCGGAAUUGGUGCAGUAAAUGCGUUACUUUUUGCAGCUUAUUCACGUUUAAAAGAAAUUCAAACAGUCUCACCCGGUGAACAACUAACACUUCACCAAAUUGCGAUCGCUGGUGGAGGGGCAGGAGCAAUUAAUAGUGUUCUUUCUUCUCCUGUGGAAUUAUUAAAGGUUAAAAUGCAAGCUCAAUACGGAUCAAAAAAAGUUGCUAAGUAUAAAGGGCCUAUUGAUUGUGCUCAACAAUUAAUUAAAGAAUUUGGAAUUCGAAAUGGGUUGUAUCGAGGAUUUUGGGCUACUGUAGCACGUGAAAUUCCAGCUUAUGCUGGAUUUUAUUCCGGGUUUGAAUUUGCUAAAAGGAAGUUUACACCGGUCGGAAGUAGUCCUGAUAGUUUGCCACCUUCGAUACUAAUGUUAUCUGGGUCUUUUGCAGGAAUAUGUUAUUGGGCAUGUUGUUACCCUCUGGAUGUGAUCAAAUCUAAGGUUCAAAAUCAGCAUAAUCCCCCCAAAGGAAUUUUCUAUGUCAUUACCACCUUCAGAUCGAUAUAUAAUAGUGAAGGUGCUAUGGCAUUACUGCGAGGCAUUACGCCUACAGUGAUAAGAAGGUAA